GAAUGCUCCUCUAUUGCCUUUCCUCUCUCCUUUUUAAAGCUCUGCCAAUGGCUGUUUUUUCUCUUCAUUAUUAUGUCAUAGCUCAAACUCAAAGAAGAAGAAGAGAAUUUUGAUUAUUCAACUCAGCUGAAAGAAGAAGAAGAAGAAGGAAAAUGGGGAGAGGAAAGAUUGAGAUAAAGAGGAUUGAGAACUCAAGCAACAGACAAGUGACAUAUUCCAAGAGGAGAAAUGGGAUAAUCAAGAAGGCCAAAGAGAUUACUGUUUUAUGUGAUGCUCAAGUUUCUCUUGUCAUUUUUGCAAGCUCUGGGAAGAUGCAUGAAUAUUGCAGCCCUUCUACGCCGUUGAUUGAUAUUUUGGAUAAGUACCACAAGCAAUCUGGGAAGAGGCUGUGGGAUGCUAAGCAUGAGAAUCUGAGCAAUGAAAUGGAUAGAGUCAAGAAAGAAAAUGACAACAUGCAGAUUGAACUCAGACACCUGAGAGGGGAAGAUAUAACAUCUCUGAACUACAAGGAACUCAUGGCUCUUGAAGAAGCUCUUGAAAAUGGCCUCACUGGUGUUCGUGAGAAGCAGUCAGAGUUCAUCAAAAUGAUGAGGACAAAUGAAAGAAUGAUGGAAGAAGAGAAUAAGCGCCUCAAUUAUGAGCUGUACCAAAAGGAGAUGGUAGCGAUGGGAGAGAGUGUGAGAGAAAUGGAUAAUGGAUACAAUCAGAGAAUGAGAGAUUUCAACUCUCAGAUGCCUUUUGCUUUCAGAGUGCAGCCUAUUCAGCCAAAUCUACAAGAAAGGAUCUAAAAUUAUCUCGUUCUCUCUUCUCUUUCUCUGUCUGUUAAUUGUUGUUGAAGUUCGAACUCUUUAUUUUCUUACUUUAAAUCAAGUGUGUGCAACUUUAAUUUGGGUUAAUGCUAUGUUAUGUUAUGUAAUAUGUUAUUAAUGUCAUCAUGAAAACUUUGGAUAUAUGUUUUUAAGUACUUGAUUUUUGUUA